GCCAUCUUGAAUCAAAUUUCAUAAUGGCAUGUGUCUUUCCAAAUAUCAAGUGAUAGCAAUUAAAGCAAUCGGGAAAAUAAUAAAAACUUACCAUAAAACAUUUGCAUAUUUAUAAACUAAAAAUUAAUUAUUCCAACUGGUUUUAAAUAGUUUAAAAAAUUAAAAAGAUCACCAAUAAAACAAAUCAGCUGUUAUCCGUCAAUCGAUGUCAACAAAAUUACAUAAUUUUGUUUAGAAAAACAGUGCAGCCUCCGUUUUUUAGUGUCAUUUUGAAAUUACCAAACAUGAAGAUUCGAUCUAUGUUUCAAUGGACAAAUUGAUAAAGUAGAUGUGUACCCAGCGGCUCACAACAUUGGCGACUGUGAUUUUUUGUAUAAUGUAGUCCGCUGUAAUAUUUUAGUUAUGGAUCAAAACAAUAUAAUUGAGUGCGGUGGAUUUUAUUUUAUUCAUAAUUUUGACUCUGGGAAUCUCGGACAUGUGGAACGGGUGCCGACGGAGCUAAUAGCUCCCAGCUUAAACCCAAAGACAAAUGUAUCAGAAACACCGGACUAUGAAUUCAACAUGUGGACCCGGCCGGACUGUGCCGGCACGGAGUUUGAGAAUGGCAACCGUACCUGGUUCUACUUCGGAGUACAGGCCAGUGAGCCUGGCGUACUGGUGCGGUUGAAUCUAAUAAACCUGAACAAGCAAGGCAAGAUGUACAACCAAGGCAUGGCGCCGGUGACGCGGACGCUGCCUGGCAAGCCUCAGUGGGAGAGGAUUAGGGAUCGUCCUGUACACUCAACGGAUGACAACACAUUCACCCUGAGCUUCAAGUACCGUACAUCAGAGAACUUGAAAGCGACUACAUUCUUCGCUUUCACCUACCCAUUCUCUUUUGCUGAGCUGCAAAUAGCUCUCAACUCCAUCGACUUGAAGAUGCUCCCUCUGCCACCGCCGCAGUCAGCUGAUGAUAUCUACUAUACGAGGGAAUGCCUUAUCUAUUCUUUAGAAGGAAGGCGAGUGGACCUAUUAACAAUCACAUCCCAUCACGGCAUUACAAAUGAGAGAGAGGAAAGGCUCAAGAACUUGUUCCCCGACCCCCAGGAGAGGCCUUACAAGUUUCAGAACAAGAAAGUGAUAUUCAUAUCAGCUCGCGUACAUCCAGGAGAAACCCCUUCAAGCUUCGUGUUCAACGGUUUUCUGAAUCUCUUGUUAACCCGUAACGACCCCAUCGCGAUCCAGUUGAGGAAACUCUAUGUGUUCAAAAUGAUCCCGUUCCUGAACCCUGAUGGGGUCGCCCGCGGCCACUAUAGGACCGACACGAGAGGGGUUAACUUGAACCGGGUCUAUUUGAACCCUUCGUUGGCUCAUCAUCCUACUGUGUAUGCUUCUAGGGCGUUGAUAAGAUAUUACCACUAUGGCACAGAGAAGGAAGACUUCUGUGAUGAUAACAAGAGUUUUACUUCACGCAGCAUACAGAACAUUAGCGAGAGCGCUGAGCUUCUAGAAGUAAAAAAGAAGAAACCGUCAAGCACGAACGCGAAAGUGGGCGAGUACAACAAGCGAGAGAAGCCGACUAAGAUAACGAGUAACAAGUCUGCUACUACCAUCAAACCUCCUUCUUCCACGUCAGAUAGCUCUAAGAAAGAGUUCAAAACGCUUAGUGGGGAAGCUGCGAAUUUGGCUGAACAAGUAUACGACUUAAAACUGCAUGAACAGCCGUCACAAACGAGCGAUUCUUCCUCCAAGCCAUCUGUGUCCAACAUUGGGGAAUCGCCCUCUCUCCUGAACGACAACUUGCUGCGAGCCUGUUUAGGCUCCACAGUACAUCUGAGCACUAGUGAGGAGCUCAACUUCCAAGGACCCAACCCGCUGAGACCUCUGAGAGAUACGCUCAAAAAUAGUAUCAGUCUGCUCAUGGAGUCUACGUCGUCUGUUGCUUGUGAUGGCUUAGCCGGCAAGGAGUCCAGGCAGUCGAACGUGAAGAUGGGCUGGUGCCAGGACUGCAGGACGGCAGUCAGCAAGCUGGAGGACACCAUGCCCGGCAUCACGAGCAUGGUGCCCGGGUAUAAUGUUGCCAUGUCUCAAGACCCAUCAGACCCGCCAGCGAAGGACGAUAAUAUCCACUUCUGCACAAACUGCUUCAAGAGAUACGUACUCACGGAGUCUAAUGAAGAAAUCGUAUGCAGCGUGGUAUCGACGCAGAGCGUUGCGGUGUCGGCGGAGGAGAGCUCCGAGCACCGCACCGACACCGACUCGCACGACACCGUCGCCGGCAGCACGGGGGAUGCUGUCGUUACUGUCAGCACAGCUAUAACUGUCCCAAAAGAAGAGAAGCCCAAGUCUCCCGUUACGAGGCAGGCUAAGAAGAAAGCUGCGCCGGUGCCGUCCGCCAAUAACAGUAACGCUACCGUCACGAAAUCACCGCCUAAAGAGACCGAGUCAGGCCUGUAUUUGUAUAUAGAUUUGCAUGGACAUGCUUCGAAAAAAGGUAUAUUCAUGUACGGCAACCACUUCGACGAUCUCGAGAGCUGCGUGGAGUGCAUGCUGCUCCCUCGCAUCAUGUCCAUGAACAACCUGCACUUCCACUUCUCCUCCUGCAACUUUACCGAGAGGAAUAUGUAUCUCAAGGACCGUCGCGACGGCAUGUCUCGCGAAGGCUCAGGCCGAGUCGCAGUGUUCAAAGCCACAGGACUAGUGCGUUCAUACACACUGGAAUGCAACUACAACACGGGACGCCUAGUGAACGUCCUCCCGCCGACAUUGCGCGAGGGGCCCGCCACCCUCCCCGCGCCGCCCGCCCCGCUGCCGCCCAAGUACACGCCGCACAUCUUCGAAGAGGUGGGGCGUUCCCUGGGCGCGUCGAUCUUAGACCUGACGGGCCAACACCCGAACUCGCGCAUCCCGUGUUCGGAGCAUCGCAACUUGUCCGCCGUACGUGAGUGGCUUCGAGCUCACACUAGAACUAUGCGUCCUCAGCUGACGAUGUCACGUUUACGGCCCAAGACGGUGUCCCCUCCCCGCGUGCCGCUGUACGCUCGCUCUAAGGGCAAGGUGACCGAGGAGCGCAAGGAGAACACGUACGUCGGCGCCAAGACCGACACCGAGCGCAAGCGCAGCCCGCCCGUGCUGGCGCCGCGCUCCGGACACGACAUCAUGAACCUCAACAUGAAGUUCGGCAAGAAGAACGAGCCCGUCAAGACCGCCUCCCGCACCAGAUACCUCAGCGAAAACGAGCCCAAGCCCAAAACGUUGUCCACCAAGCGUAGGAACAUUCUAGCGAUACGGAAACCGAACUCGAGCAAGACGCAGGUGAGCGGUGGGGUGGUGAAGGCGAAGAUGAGCCGGCGGUCGGCGGACGACGCGGAGAGCCCGCGCACCUCCAUCGUGUCGGGCAAGCUCAGCAAGCGCAGCUUCACGCGCUCCGGCCGCGGCUCCGCCACGCGCAGCUCGCGCCGCGCCGCCGCCUCCUCCUCGUCCGACGACAUGCUGGGCGGCACGUGGGAGGACGUGGCGGGCGGCACGGUGCUGGGCGGCCUGCACGACGCGCUGCCGCUGCCCGGCAAGCGCCGCUCCUUCCCCAACCCCGCGCCCGCGCACCUCAAGAAGAUCCGCCUCAAGACCGUCAUGUAGCGCCGACUGCGCCGACCCGCCCGACACUCGCGCAACCCCAACUGACCGGGACGGCUAAUCCGUCCGUCUCCAAUGUACUGUCGGCCAGAAUUGUGGUCUACACCACCCUGUGGGCGAGGCUCCUUUGGACGUCAUGAAACUUCAAAGUCGAUAUCCUCUUACACUUAGUUAGAAAUGUAUACCUGAGCUAAGUAGAUCUCGCAGAAACUUAUCAAAACUACCUACUCGACCACUUUCAUAGCUGACGACAUCAGAGCCGGUCACCACGUGUGACACGUCGUGCAGCUGCGGCGGGCUCGACGCUCCGGCCACGUCACUGCCAGCGCUGAGCUAGUUACCCAACCACCGUCAAUGGCAAUCAAGUGUGGGGUUACAUUUGGCGCCUGUCCGUAACUUAUGCCAUUAAAAAUUGUGUGUGAUCUUCUCCUCACUGUCCUAUCGAUCUAGCUAUAGUAUUUUGUCUCGUUUUAUGUUUAGGGUUAAUAUCGUUUCUAACUGCGACUUGCCACCAGUAGGAGUUUACGAUGGUUGAUUUGAAACUUUUAUUUUAUUUUUAUUUAUUGGUAGAAAUAUUUUUAAUGGCAUGAGAUAUAAUUAAUGUGAGCUAGUGUUGUAACUUAAAUUUUCUUUGCUUUAUUAAACCCUGUAACUUGUGAUUAUGUUGACUGAACAGGCGACUAAAUUCUUGUGUUCUCUUUAGCAUAAUGUUUUAUAUGUCAAUUUUUAUCGUUUAAAAUUGGAAGUCUGUAUAAUGUUUAAUCCCAAUUUUUGUGGAUUGAAAUAUUUAUUUAACAAAAGAAGUUUUUUACUGUAAGAUUUUAUAUAAAGACAGAAAUAUUAUUAUUGUUUGCGGUGAAGAUUAUCAUCUCCUGUAGGCGAGUUGAAUGCUCAUGGAGCAAUGUUUUCAAAAUGUGCUUAUAAUGUAUAAUGUACUAUUGAUCUCAUUUAUGAAAUUUAGCAGAAAGCUGGUUUCAAGAGUGCUCAUAUCUAUUCAAUCACAAAUAUUUCUGUGCCCAUCCAUGACUUGUUUUAGCAGCUUCGAAAAUACCGAAAAAAAUGGAAACAGAAAUAGCAACAGUAACAAAGUGUUUGUGAUAUAAAACAGCUACUUGAUUUAUAAAGAGUUUUUUUAGAAUAAUGUAUGUAUUAUUAACAUAUUAACUUGUCUACACAUAGAGUAAGAAGCGGACGUGGCUUACACGAGCGACAAGUUCCGCGCCACCAAUCUUAGUGCAAUAAUUUUAUAUGAAUUACUAUAUGUACCGGAAGUUUUAUAUACAAACGUAACACUAAAAACAUACUUUCAAAAUUCAUAUGUAUAAUACAGUGUUUACGGUAGAAAUGCGUAGUGUGUAUAUUUUAAAACAGUAACUAUUUAUUUAUCUGAAAUAUUAAUAUAUGGUUAAAUAACAUACAAUGUUCUCACAA